AUGUCCGAUUUUAGAGAGUUGAAGCAAAAAUUGUACAGCGAAUCAGUAGUCGCUAAGAUUUGGGGAGUUGCGUCCUCUAAGCUCAAUGAUGCAAACCCGCCAACGGAGAUGCCCGAGUACUCCUUUUUUGACGACAAAGGAUACACAUAUCGUGACAUGGAGUAUUGGACAUGUGGUUUCUUUCCGGGGUCACUUUAUGCUCUACGCGAGCGGAGUGUAAAAUAUAGUGACAGUUUUCCUGGGUCGAAACUUCAUCCUCUCAAGCUUGAGCAUGCUGCCAAAUGGUGGGCGGAGUCCUUGAAAAUUGAGGCACCAAGAACUGAUACCCAUGAUUUGGGUUUUAUAAUUGCCCCUGUGUUUAUUAGGGAACACGAACUUACAGGAAGUAAGGAAUCCUUAGAUAUUCUAGUUACAGCAGCAAAUGCUUUAGCUAGUAGAUUCGACGAAACGGUUGGCUGUAUAAGAUCAUGGGACACUGCUGUCAAUAAGCGUUACAACUAUUCAGAUACUCAGAAGGAUUACUUGGUCAUUAUUGAUAACAUGUGCAAUUUAGACUUGUUGUACUAUGUUGCCAAAAAGACUGGAGACUUGAGAUUGUCAUCAAUUGCUACUCGUCAUGCCGAAACUACCUUGAAGCACCACUUCAGAGAAGACUGGUCGUGCUACCAUGUCCUCAACUAUAACAAAAGGAACGGAGAAGUCAUCGCCAAAUUCACGAACCAAGGCUUUGCCGAUGAAUCUGCUUGGUCAAGAGGUCAAUCAUGGGCCGUUAUGGGGUAUGCCGAUGCUUAUGCAUUCACUAAACAGAAGAAGUUCUUAGACGCUGCCAUUUCAUUAGCUGACUAUUUUUUGGGUCAAUUACCCGAGGAUGGAGUUCCAGCUUGGGACUUUAAAGCUCCCAACAAAGAGGUACGGGAUGUCUCCGCGGGAAUGAUUGCAUCGCUUGGAAUGCUUAGCAUUUAUGAAUCUACCAAGGAUAAAAAGUAUUUGGACCUGGCCCUCAAGCUUAUAGACAACUGCACUAGGUUUGCUUACAACGAGGAGUCAAAGUUGCAUGAGGGAGGGAAGGUUACCUUGGGAAACUUUGAUACAAUUUUGCACGCUUCCACCAUCAAUAACAAUCCGGAUGCUCCAAAGCAGCUUGCAAAUCAUGGCUUAGUAUACGCAGACUACUACUUUUUGACUAUUGGUAACAAGCUAUUAGAUCUUGAAGUUUUCAACUAA